GAAGAAACGGGAUAAUUUGCCGCGAAAAACGUUACCAUAGAAACUCGUAGGGAGGCCUGGAGGCGGGAAGGACGUUUUUAGCUUGUUUGUACUCGUCAUUUGUCGGCAAUGGAGAUUAGGUUUGUGACAGUAAUUGAGCCAUUUUGACCUGCCUGAGGCUUGUAUCAAGAAAAUGGGUUGUGGAACUAGCACCCCCAAGGAUAAAGAGGACAAGGAAGGAUCCAAGUUUGAUUUUAGUCGGCGUAACACCAUAGUCGAAAAGCCAAACGUUGUGGUCGAGAUUGGCAAAGGUGUGAAGAAGAUCGACCCAGAGCGACGAAUUGUGUUCAUAUUCGGAGGUCCUGGAUCAGCUAAAGGAUGUAUUGUGAAUGACCUCAAAGCCAUGUUUGGGUUUGCUUUCAUAUCAGCAGAAGAUUUAAUCUUGCAGAAACUGCCAAAAAGAGCUGCAGAAGAUGGGAAGGACCCUGUUUCUGGUACACAUGGACUGGCUGAGCUUUUGAAAGAUAAUCCAGAAUAUCUUACCUUGGAUUGGGUGUUGGAAAUACUUCUGGAAGAGAUUGAAAAGUUCCCAAAUCAGCCAAUACUGGUGGAUCUUAUUCCCAACCUCAAGUUUAUGAUGAGGGUGGAUAACUUCAUCAAGAAAUGUGAUAUUGAAAUGAAAGAGUUUGAACAGAAGUGUCCUUGUGCUUUUGCCUUAAACUUGACACUGUCCAAGGAGAAUCUUCUGAAGAACAUUAGAAACAGCCAUUCCCCUGCAUGUGCCAAGCCUCCAAGCCAAGAUCCCAGGGAUGCAUCUUCAGAUCAAGGGGAUGAAAUGGACACCAGUAGAACUAAGCGUCGCUUUGCACUCUAUCAAAAAUCAGUGCAAGAUUUCUUGAACUAUUUUAAUCUGGAAGACAGAAUUGUGCAGGUUGACACAUCUGCAGCACAAGUACAACAUAUCUGGGAUGCUAUGAUGGACUUUUUUGCAGCUGAAAUGGAUUUCAGUGCAAGCAAAGUGAUCAACACUGUUGUGCUCUUCUCAUUUGAUCAGAAGACUUAUCAAUCCAUAGACAAAAACAGAUACCCCAUGAAAUCAGUUCUACUUCAUGAACUCAUCAAAGAACCUCAGGCCUCUGCAGAAGAUGUCCUUUCAGCACUCGCAAAACAUUUGGAUGAGAGUGCACUGCAGUCGCGUUCAUUCUUGGUUGAUGUAUCAGGGACGUCCAUUGAUGAGGAACAUAUCUCGGAACAGUUUACGAAACCACAGAUUCUGUUUGUAGACGUUGACGUAGGUCAGUUGGAUUACUUCUUGCACGGACUCAAGCGCAAAACAGACAGGAAGAAGUCCAUUUUCAGGAAGAAAGCACAGUUAUACAAAUCAGUCAGCUCAACGGAGAAUGAAACGUUACUGUUCCCUGAACACAUCGAUACUGAAUUGUGCAGAAGAAUCGCUAUCUGUUUGGCGGAACAACGAGCUAGUUGAGAAAUGUUUAUCCUUAAUUUUUUCUCGUGUUCAUGGAAGUACAUAUCUUAAUACUAGUGAUCAAAUCACUUUUUACAGUUGAUACAAACAAAAUUUUAUCUUUCUUCCCAGUCGACAUGGAGUCCUGUAUAUACUUGGUUCAGUGUGGCUUAAAGAAACCACAAUUGAAGAUUUUAUUUUUACAAAAAAAGAAAAUAAUUAUUUAUUAGAGAUGAUUGUUCGACACUCAUAUUUAAUUCUUUGUUACAAACUCUGACGUUCUGUGUCGUUCAAGAUCCGGAGUUUGAACACAGAUAAAGCUGUUAAGUUGUCUUGGGAGAAAAAAUUUCUCUGGCUUGUAUAUACGUACAGAAAGAAACGUUACUUGUAUAAAUAUAUUUUCUUCUAUCUUAAGUGAAAGGAUAUAGAAACAAUUGGAAAGUAAAUAAAACGAAAGACAAUCUUUCUUAA